AAUAGCAGCCUCUAUGAUCAUAAUUGUCAUUACAUUAACGAUUAGCAUCUAGAAAUUGUAUGGUUUGUAGAGUUGCAAUGCCUGCAUUACGCCACGAAGCCUCAGCCCUAACUCCUCUUCUCAACUCUCGAAUCCGAAACCCUAAUCGUACUUUUUCAAAUUCUCGCCGCCGUAAGCCGGAAAAUCUCGAGAAUCUUAAUAAUCGCUAUCAUCGAAAUCACCGGUCAGGUUCUCGCGCGAUGGUGGCCAAGCUUCCGGGGAGAAACUUCGUAAUGGGCGAGGUCAAGAUCUUAAAACGCGGGGAAACGACGGAGAAAUUUGUAACUAAUCGAUGCGUGUCCAAGGAAAAUCGGAAACAUGCGGAUUUCAUUUUAGGAUCGACAGAUAGGUUAGGACCCGACUUGAAGAUAUUACAGAAGCAAAUUAGAUUUGGAGUGGAUGAGAUUUAUGCAGGAUCAGCUUUUUCAGCGAAUUCGCCGCCGCCGAGCUCUGUUCCAGUUCCUGAUUUUUUAGGGAAGAGGAGUAAUAGUACGGCAACUACUUAUUUGCGACGAUUAUUGAGGCUUGAGUUGGUUUGAUUAACAAGAAUUCUGAUGAAUGAUGGUCAUGAUUGUUUCCUUUAUUUUUUCAAGAGGGAAGGGGUUGCAGAAUGCAAAAGUUUUAAGUAGAGUUAGUUUGGUGUAUAUUCUUUUAAUUUCUCUGCUAUACAACAGUAUUGUUGUGUUUGAGCUUCUACUUUGUAUUAGUGAUAUGUUAUGUUAGUAUAUAAUAAAAUUUAAUUUUUACCUCUA